AACCCUUUCCAGAAUUCACAAAUGUUGACACGCUGCUUUAUUAACUUCAGGUCUUUUUUUCAAAGUGACAUGCAUAUGGAAGGCAUCCCUCCCAUCCAUCCCUUCCCUUCUCGAGAUGGUGUUUGCCUCUUGUGAUGCUCAUGCUGCUGAUUAGAGACCACAUCCUUCCCAUCAGAUUCAUCAACAGCAUGGAACCCAGAAACCAAACAGAUGUUUCAGAAUUUCUUCUCCUGAGACUGACAGAGGAUCCAGAACUAAAGAUCGUCUUCUUCAGACUGUUCCUGUCCAUGUACCUGGUCACGGUCCUGGGAAACCUGCUCAUUGUCCUGGCUGUCCUCUCUGACUCCCACCUCCACACCCCCAUGUACUUCUUUCUCUCCAAUCUGUCCUUUACUGACAUCUGUUUAAGCACAUCCCUGAUGCCAAAGAUCCUGGUGAACAUCCAAGCACAGACUCAGAGCAUCACAUACACAGGCUGCCUCACUCAGAUCUGCUUUGUCCUGACUUUUGUUUGUUGGGAUAAUUUUCUCCUUUUAGCAAUGGCCUAUGACCGCUAUGUGGCUAUUUGUCACCCGCUGAGAUACACAGUCGUCAUGAAGCCUCGCCUCUGUGUUCUGCUGGUUCUGCUGUCCUUGUUCAUUAGCACCGCAGACGCCCUGCUCCACAGUCUGAUGGUGUUGCGACUGUCCUUCUGCGCAGACCUGGAAAUCCCCCUCUUUUUCUGUGAAGUUGUUCAGGUCAUCAAACUUGCGUGUUCUGAUGCCCUCCUCAAUAACAUCCUGAUACAUUUUUCAGCCUAUGUGUUUGCUGGUGUUCCCCUUUGUGGAAUAAUUUUCUCUUAUAUUCAAAUUGUCUCCUCUGUUUUGAGAAUGCCAUCAUCAGGUAGAAGGUAUAAAGCUUUUUCCACUUGUGGGUCUCACCUCUCAGUUGUCUCCUUG